UUAUUUUCAUGUCUAUCGUGAGACACAGAUUUUAAAUCAAUAGGUAAUGGUGCACUGUGCAUUCACACCAAAUAACCCGUGCCUCGUAGCCUGACUCAUACAUAGCAGUUUAGCUGUCGUUGAGUUGCCUAGAACGCUAACGUUAGGCUACCACAGGCGUCCUAAGUUAUCUAGCAUUUGCAGUCAAGCUAGCAGAUGUGUGUAUUCAUAAACGUGACAAAAAACAAUAUCCUCAGGAUUAAACGUGUUUAAAAUCGUCUUUGCGUCUUAGUCUGACCACAUGAAAGCAAGAACAACACAUUUUGGUUCAUCUGAAGCUAACGUUGGCUAGCUUACUUUGUGUGUACACACUUGACACGCUAGCUAAUGGAGCUUUCUAAUGUUGAUAGCUGUAACUUGCUUUGUUAAUCGAUACCUCCCCCCAUUUGAUUAGAUCGUCUAUACCACAUCAUUAACAAGAAUCUCAAAACUCAAGAUAGGAAAUAGGAAUGCUAAUUGGCGUAUAACAACACUAGGCAGAGCUUAAACUACAUGACAAUAUGUAUGUGAUAUAUUAUGUUAUAUCUAUUACAAUACAAGUGGUCUUCUAAACGUUUUUAGAAGCUAACAUAUAGUACCUAAUGAAUGUCUCCGUAGCAGAUAACUAUCGGGGUGGGAUGUGAUUAGUAUGGUAAUAUGUCCGACCAGGAUGGCUUUGAAUAUAAGGGCCCAGUGGAGCCCAUGCAGAUAGACGCAGACCCCCAAGAGGACCAGCAGAAUGCUCCAGACAUCAACUUCGUAGUGGAGAACCCAACACUGGACCUGGAGCAGUACGCCUCCAGCUACAGCGGCUUCAUGCGCAUCGAGCGGCUGCAGUUCAUCGCGGAGCACUGCCCGCAGCUCCGCGUGGAGGCCCUCAAGAUGGCGCUCUCCUUCGUCCAGAGGACCUUCAACGUGGACUCGUACGAGGAGGUCCACCGCAAGCUGGCCGAGGCCACGAGAGAAGCCCCCGGGGAGGCCGAGGCGGCGGCAGAAGGGGCCGUGGUGCCUCCGCCGUUGGACACGGCCUGGGCCGAAUCCACCCGGAAGAAAGCCUUGCUGAAGCUGGAGAAGCUGGACACUGACCUCAAGAACUACAAGGGCAACUCCAUCAAAGAGAGCAUCAGGAGGGGUCAUGAUGACUUGGGGGAUCACUACCUGGACUGCGGCGACCUAAGCAACGCACUCAAGUGCUACUCCAGAGCCAGAGACUACUGCACCAGCGCCAAGCACGUCAUCAACAUGUGUCUUAACGUCAUCAAGGUCAGCGUUUACCUCCAGAACUGGUCCCACGUGCUGAGCUACGUCAGCAAGGCCGAGUCCACGCCCGAGAUCGCAGAGCAAAGAGGAGAACGAGAUAGUCAAAACCAGGCGGUUCUUGCCAAGUUAAAAUGUGCUGCAGGUCUGGCAGAGCUGGCGUCUCACAAGUACAAGGCGGCCGCCAAGUGCUUCCUCCAGACGUCCUUCGACCACUGCGACUUCCCAGAGCUCUUGUCCCCCAGCAACGUGGCGGUGUAUGGAGGCAUGUGCGCCCUGGCGACGUUCGACCGACAGGAGCUCCAACGCAACGUCAUCUCCAGCAGCUCGUUCAAACUGUUCUUGGAGCUGGAGCCUCAGAUCCGAGACAUCAUCUUCAAGUUUUAUGAAUCAAAGUACGCCUCCUGUCUCAAACUGCUGGAUGAAAUGAAGGACAACCUACUGCUGGACAUCUACCUGGCCCCCCACGUGAGGACACUGUACACCCAGAUCAGGAACCGAGCCCUGAUACAGUACUUCAGCCCGUACGCGUCGGCAGACAUGACCAAGAUGGCGCAGGCCUUCAACACUUCAGUGGCGGCGCUGGAGGACGAGCUGACUCAGCUCAUCCUCGAGGGCCUCAUCAACGCACGCAUCGACUCCCACAGCAAGAUCCUGUACGCGCGGGACGUGGACCAGAGGAGCACCACGUUUGAGAAGUCACUGAUCAUGGGCAAGGAGUUCCAGAGACGGGCCAAAGCCAUGAUCCUCCGCGCAGCCGUGCUGCGGAACCAGAUCCACGUCAAGUCCCCACCGCGGGAGGGCAGCCAGGGGGAGCUCACGCCCGCCAACAGCCAAACCCGGAUGAGCACAAACAUGUGAAGAGGUCCCGAAGACGGAAGACUUUGUCUAAAUUCAACAAGAGUCCCGCCCUCUCUAAUUCGGACGCUGCCAUGGUCGAUGCCCAAAAUGUUACUUUCCCGGUAUUGGAGCUAAUGCAUAACGAAAGGACCAUAAAUUCGUCCGAUAAUAUAGUUGCAUCGGUUUAUCAUGAACUUAUUAUGCAUCAUUGUUAAAAGAAUGUUGUUUGGCAGGUGGCUGGCAGCAGAGCAGCUGCUGCUGUUGUAUGUUAAGAGAUGCACUUUAGUUGUGACCUAACAAUACGCAUCACCGUUCGAGACCUCAACAGAAUGAGCUUUUAAAAUAAAUGUCGCAAAACGUUUACCAGACUCGCUGUUCUUAAUCCCCGGUUUGGUUACCCCAAACCAGGGUCAAACACACAAUAUUUCAACCUUAGUGGAAAAGGAUCAAAUAAAUCAAGUGGGGUUUAGUGAUGGUUGACCAUUUGGUUGAGUGGGCUCAUUGUGAGAUCCAUGGCGUUACAGAAUGUGUGCUGUUCAGCGGCCAUAAGCCGGUCAGCAUCGGCCCAGAUCAGAGGCAGCAGCUGUCAGAGGCGUGUUUACAAACUAGUGUUAGAAAAAGCAUUGACAUUGAAGUGUUGCGUGUUGACGUGUAGUAAGUUGAUUUAUCAACCGUCCUACUUGUAACUUUGU